AUGGCUCUUUUGAGUCCUGCCGAUAUCCGCCAAUUCGACGAUGCCAUUCGUAUCUACAACACCAAUCGUCAAGUUGACUUGCUCAAUCACUCUCGAAUGAGGAGUGCAAACCUUCCUGUUUUGAGAAUUGAUGCAACCGGCAGUGGUCAGAAUUGGGAUCAAGCCGCGAGUGACGAAUCCGGCGAGCUCGAACUUACCCUCUUCCUGUCUAUCGGAACUCGCAUCAUGUUGAUCGACAACCUGAGUACAGCUACUGGCGCGAAGAAUGGCACGACAGGUGUCGUCCGUCACAUCGAGUAUGCUACAGGCAAGAAACCUCGUCAAGACUUGCCGCAAGCGAUUCUCGUCGAGCUGAAUGGAUAUACUGGUCCGACCAUCGCCAUUGCUGGAGGAUACAAUGUCGUACCCAUCUUCCCCGUCACUCGCCGGUACAUGUUCAAAGGAGUACAUUCCAAGAGCAACAACAACUCCACAUCCCACCGACAUGCCAAUCUUGAUGAGACAAUCCUGGAACAGCAACAAAGUGCCACGCAUACUCAAAACUAUGGCGGCAUGCUUCUGUACAAGUUUUGCAAAAGCUCAGCUAUCACCGUCUCUGACGCACACACCACACUCUCGGAUUGCCCUGGUCCUGCUUCCUCUAUUCAUCGUCUUGAGUCUUCGGUAGCCCUGGCCUUCUUCCAUGCUCGCCACCAAGCUCUAAAUGCCGGAGCAUGUCUUUUAGGAAUCACAUGGUCCUCCAAAGGUGACCGGCCUCCGCCUUUGUGCAUCACUUGA